UAGUUUCCAACGCUUCGCGAUGUGGACGGGCGCGGUGCUGCUGUGGCUCGUGGCGUGCGCGGGCGCAAUCACCCGCGAUCAGUUCUACCCCUAUGGCCCCGAGCUCGAUGAGACCCUGCCCCGGGGCGCGGAUGUUGCCUCCACUGAAGUGCCCUUCAAUGUGCCCAUCGUUUUCUUCGGAGAGACUUAUGAAAGCGUCUUUGUCAACAACUAUGGGCUAAUUUCAUUUAGAGCGGACUUCCCUAGUUUCUUGAACGCUGAAUUUCCUCUACCCUAUGCGUCCAUCGCUGCCUUCUAUUCAAAUGUGGAUACUUCGGUGUCAGGAGCAGUUUACUUUAAAGAAUCAAACGACACACACAUCAUACGGAAGGCUGCAGACAGCGUUCAGAAUUCUUUCAACGAAUAUUACGAUUUCGAACCUAAAAGUGUGUUUAUAGCUACGUGGAUUGACGUGACAUACGCAGGAGGUGAGGAUAGAAGGAACAGUUACCAAAUCGCUGUAAUAAGUAAUGGAACGGAAAGUUUUGUGGAACUAUUGUACCCCGAACGGGAAAUACAAUGGAUUCAGAAGGAAACCGCUCCGGGCAGUUUACCUGAUGCUAAAGCGCAAGCUGGAUUUAUCGCUGAGGAUGGCCGCGUGUUCACAUUGCGAGGCUCUGGCAGUCAUCAGAUCAGAAACGUUGUAUCAUGGUCCAAUGUCCGAGAGCCUGGUAAAUACGUUUUUCGCAUUGGUGAUAUCCUACCCAACGAAACAAUCGCUGUUCCCGAUCAAUACAAUGAAAAUGAAAUAGAGAUUUUAGAAGAAUCCGACACGUGUGCACAAAGUGGACCCAGUGUUUGUCACCUUCAGGCGCGCUGCCUAGAUUAUCCUGCUGGAAUCUGUUGUCAAUGUAAUGAUGGUUUUUACGGUAACGGAAAAUCCUGCAUCAAGGAUGAUGUACCUCUUAGAGUGCAUGGUAAACUGAAGGGUGUUUUGAAUAAUGUCAACCUGAACGAUGUAGAUGUACAAGCGUACGUAGUCGUAGCCGACGGACGUUCCUACACUGCUUUAUCGCAAGCUCCCUCCACACUUGGCAGUAGCCUACAGCUCUUGAGCGUAUUUGGUGGUGUCGUAGGAUGGUUAUUCGCUAAGCCAUCGGGUACAGCUAAAAAUGGAUAUCAACUUACUGGCGCACAAUUUAAUCACACUGCUGACAUUUAUUUCCCUGAAACAAACGACAGAGUUAUCAUUGAGCAAGAAUACUUGGGACAUGAUGUGUUUGAUCAAAUCACUCUUGAAGCGGAUAUUCGAGGCACAGUUCCUACGAUUGCUAAAGGAAGUAGACUAGAAGUAACAGAAUUCGAAGAGCAGUACACCACUGUAGAGGCCGGUUUAAUUCACAGUGUAUCAACCCGCACAUAUUUAAACAAAAUCACAGGACAACAAUAUUUACAAAGGGUUUCACAAACAUUUUCUUUUAAUACGUGUAAAUUUGCAACAUUUUCGGACGAUGACAAAAUUCCUUUAACUCUUAAAGCAACGAAAAAUUACUUAGGAUAUGAAGUAAGAGAAAACAUCGUCAGAUAUGGAACUAGUAAUAAAAUAGCGGUAAUGGGCCAGGAAGAUCCAUGUAUCAAGGGAAGAAGCACUUGCGGUCCUCACAGUACAUGUAUUCCUCAAGAUAACAACUUUUCUUGUGUUUGUCAAUCAGGAUACACUAGCGUGUAUACAAACGAAGAUACUACUACAUGUGUUGACAUUGACGAGUGUGCCGCUGGUACCCACAACUGUGACAUUAAUGCCGAUUGCUUUAAUCUCGAUGGUAGUUUUCAAUGCAGAUGCCGUGAACGCUUCGAAGGUAAUGGUGUUCAAUGUAGCUUGAAAUUACGAUGCAGUAACAAGGUAUGUGAUCCAAACGCGCAGUGUAUUGAAAAUCCUGCGGAAGAACCAUUUUGUUUAUGUAAUGCGGGUUAUACUGGUGAUGGAGAAAGAUGUUGGAAGGCGUACUGUACUAAUUGCUCACCAUAUGCGCAUUGCAGCAUCUCAGAAGAUACUUUCAGUUACAACUGUCAAUGCAACCCAGGUUAUAUCGGUAACGGUGAACAAUGUGCGGAGGAUGUAUUAAUUAUACCUACGGUUAGUGUAACUACGGAAGCAGUAAACGUACCAAUUGAAACAACAACACCCAUGCCUUCAGAAGCCGAUUACAAUGAAACAUAUGUAUUACCAGAUUGUAAUGCCUUUGGCUGCAGUUGUCCUCCUGGAUAUUCAAGCUACAAGGACGAUAGGGACAAUGACUUAUGUCGAAUUGACUCAUUUACGGACCCUAUUAUGCCUCCAGAUAAUGAUACAUCAAUACGAUGCAGGUCGGAUUCUGACUGCCCACCAAAUGCAGUUUGUUUGUUUUUAAAUGAAAUGUACAUAGCAAACGAUCAGGAGGAAGGCCAGUGCCAAUGUCAAGAGGGCUAUGUAGGAGAUGCCUAUGAGUGCAUAGAAAGAACAGGAGCAAGCUGUUCAUGUGGUCUCGGAGCACAUUGUAUCGAGACCGCAUCAGGCGAUCUCUUGUGUGUCUGUGAUUCUGGGUAUCACGGCGAUGGGUACAUAUGCCGACCCAACUUCAGCUGUAACAAUAAUUCUGACUGUGAACGCAACGCGGAAUGUCGACCAGAUCCCAACACAAAUGAAUACGUGUGCCAAUGUAUCGAAGGAUACAUUAAAGAUCAGAGUGACGCCUGUAUUCCAGAUAAGCAAUUGUGUAACGGAGCUGUGUGCGCUGAACAUGCGUCUUGUCUUUACGAUGAUGCUAUUGGUGUUAGUUAUUGCCAUUGCGAUGAGGGAUAUGAAGGCGAGGGGAUCUCUCAGUGUGUCCCUCAAGGAAGAACUUGCGACGUCGUCGACGAUUGUAGUCUAGAUGCGAUUUGUACACCAGUUGAAGACUCAUAUCAAUGCAUAUGCAGAGAAGGAUUCAUUGGAGACGGAUAUAAUUGCAGUCCCGAAAUGAACUGCCGAAAUAAUCCUCAGUUAUGCGACAUUCAUGCAUCAUGUUUGAAAACUAGCGAUGGAUAUGAGUGCGAAUGUAAUACUGGGUACAAAGGCAAUGGAAGUAUUUGCGAGCUUAACCCUAGACAAUCUGGAAACUUCUUAGUUGCAAGCGAUGGAGCUUCUGUUUAUCGUGUGCCAUUCAAAGUUACGCAGAGAGAUUUCGCCACACCAUUCAACAGCGCCAUCUACCAGAUCGCUGUAGGAAUAGACGUAGACUGCUUGACUGGCCAUAUUUAUUGGGGUGAUGUCGUCGGUAAUACAAUCAAGAGAGCUUUGUAUGAUGGAUCAGGAUUUGAACAAUUUUUAUCUAAUGAUGUUCAAUCACCAGAAGGCAUUGCCAUAGACUGGUCUGCAAGGAAUAUAUUUUGGACGGAUUCAAAGAAACUCACUAUAGAAGUUGCAAAUUUAGAUACAAAAGUCCGUAAGGUACUGUUUUCUAAGAACGGCAUUUCCAAUCCUCGAGGCAUAGCUGUUCAUCCUGGUAGAGGAAAAAUCUUUUGGUCUGAUUGGAAUCGUUCAGGUCCUAAAAUUGAAUGGGCUAACAUGGAUGGGACUCAAAGGGGCAUAUUACUCGACCAAUCAGAUGUGAAGCUUCCCAAUUCAUUAGCGAUCGAUUGGGUCAGAGAUCGCCUUUGUUACGCAGAUGCUGGACUAUUCACCAUUAGAUGUGUGGGCAUAGACAACCUUGAAAGAGAUACAAUAGCCGCAAAUUGUUCGUAUCCAUUUGGUUUAGCUAUAAAUGGAGACAAGUUUUACUGGACUGAUUGGAAAACACUUAAAAUAGAAUCCAUAGACACGUUAACGGAGAUAAAAGGUCAGGUGCCAAUCGCCACAGCGUCAAGAAGAUUAUACGGCGUCUCUGUGGCACCAGAGGAAUGUCCUGCCUUAAGCAAUGUUUGCCAAUACAGGAAUGGUAAUUGUUUAGCCAACCAGAUCUGCUUGCCCAAUGGUCAGGGCGGCAGGUCUUGUGUGGAGGGAGUGAGCAGUGGUCAAAAUUAUUAGAUUACUGUAUAUUUUACAAAAAUAUAGUACGCGUACAAUGUUGCAUGGAAAUUUAUGUAUUUUUUAUAUUGUUGAGCAAAGUCAUUGUGCGAAUUUAUAAAGAAUCAUGUUCAAAUUUUAUUUUUAUAUAAUUGUUAGUGUCUGAAUACGCUAGUACUGGCAGAGUUAUCAAAUUUAUUAAGAAUAUUUUUUACAAGGGUAAUGUUUUUUCUAUUAAUUUCAAUGAGGUGUAAAGUAAAUUAAUUAUUUGAGUGUUAUAGAAUAUUAAGAAUGAAGGCGCUGUAUUUAACAUCUAUUUAUCUAUAAACAUAUAUUUAAUAUACUAACCUAGUAAAUAUACCUUAAUUUAUUUAAUAGAUGUACUUAAGAUAUAUAUUCUAAGAAAAAAAACAAUGAUUAAGAAACAUCACAAAAAAUAAACAUAAGUACAUAAUUUUAACUAGAUUUGCCUGAUACCAAAGUGAAUGUAUGGUGUAAAUAUAUUAUUACGUGAAAAAUA